GUUGAAAAUGGCGUAUGUAUGGCAAAUCCUCUACAGGAACGAAUUAUAUUAAUGAGAAAAGAGGGUGAAUCUGCAAAGAGUAUCAACGAGAUGCUUCUGAGUAGGCUGUCUAGGUACAGAGCCUCCCCGUCAGCAACACUGGCUGCUCUCACGGGCUCCACAAUCUCCAAUACAUUGAAAGAGGACCAAGCAGCUGCAAACACUAGCUGUGGGCUGCCGCUGAAAAUGUUGAGGAAGACUCCGAUAUACACAUGUGGAACGUACUUGGUGAUGUUGGUCCCACCCCCAGGUGGAUCAGGCAGCUCUGCGACACGCUCGCUCUUUGGAGGGACAAGUGCUCUGUCAUCUUUAAAAAUUCUGGCUUCAAGCUUGGUGUUCAAUAUUUCGGACGGGCAGUUCACAAGCCGAGCAGAUCUCAUUGAUGCUGCAGGAAGCUCACUUGGACGUGGUGCUCUAGUCCCAGGACUUGGUGCCUGUUAUGAUACUAUGAAUAACAUGAUUUGGACAUGCUCCAAUGAUUAUAUUGAUCAAUGGUGUAAUCCUGGGAACCAGGCAUUCCACUGUGUCUGUCAGAGACUGGGAGUGAGUCACGUCAUUGCAGAGCCCAAAGGAGAUGCAGCAACCACAAAUGAGGUUAUUAACCAGUUACUGCACCAUGUUGGUGCCAUGUGUAUCCACCAACUCAACCUGCUUGCAGCCAGCAACAAUCUUCCCAUAACCAAUUUUUUGGGCAAGCAACAUCCAAUUGAAGCACAUCAUCUCAGCAGUAUUUGUGACAUUAUGGAAAAAGCUAUGGUGAAUGGAGAUACUUGUAUAAUAUGCUGUAUCCUUGUUGUCUUUCAGGUGGUUUUUAAAUUUUUCUUCAGCCCACAAACUGAAAGAAACAGAGAUAUUGUUAGAAGGUCUGGCCUAUUACUUUGGCAAUUACUGAUGGCACCAAGGGAUCAGAUUUGCUCUGAGAUUCAGAAGGAGGUUUGCCUAGCUAUUAGCUCUGGUUUAAAUAUCCUGUAUCCUGGAGAAGCAGAAAUCAAUAAUUUAUUGAAAUUGGUCUUAACUGAAGGAGAGAGAAAUAGCGGUCUCUCUCAACUUCGUGACGUUAUCCUGACUAAUUUAGCUGAACAGCUUCAGAACAACAGAUUUGGAAGUGAAGAUGAUGAUCAUUAUAGACUAAAUGAUGAGCUGUUGCACUACAUUCUCAAGAUUGUUGUCCGAGAAUCUUGUGUCUUAAUCACCAAGUGCCAAACUGUAUCUAAAGAUGAUUUUCAAAGGCUUCUUUCAACUGUGCCUGCUGCAUCUUCGUGUCUGCGGUAUCUGAUGGCUGUACAGAACCACCUCCUCAGUAACACUAUUUUGAUUAAACCUGAUGAAAAUGAUGACAGUGACAGCUCCUUGCAGGGAGAGACAUUGAAGGUACAGGAGCUAAAGACCAGCAUUUUGUCUCUUGCUACGCAAAUUCUGACAGGAUGUGAUGAAGUUUUAGAAAUGCUACAACAAGUCACUACAGCACUGAUAAACAGUGACAUUUCUGAUAGAGAGCAAAGAUUAAAAGGCCUGGAGCAAAUUACGAAGGCUACUAUGCUUGGUCAUCUGCUGCCUGUCCUACUGACAUCUCUGAUGCAUCCAAAUUUGCAAACUCUCACUAUGGCUGAUGCCUUGAUGCCUCAGCUGGUGCAGCUGGUUCUUUACACAAGUCAGACUGCACUGCUGCUUAAAACUCAGUCUCCAGUUUUCUCAGAGCUGAACAGUUCCCCCAGUGGUGCAUCAGAACAGAAGGGGAAGCUGUUACCUGAUGAGAGAAUGCUGGAAGAGAAAGAAGAACCUGGUUUUCUUACGGGUUUGAAGAUCCCUGCUCCCUGGGCUGCUGGGAAGACUGUAGAAACAGUUCAUCCCGUCAGGGAUAACUAUAAAUUUAAAGAAACUGUCCAUAUUCCAGGAGCCCGCUGUUUAUAUCUUAGAUUUGACAACAGAUGUUCUUCACAAUAUGAUUAUGAUAAGUCUAACAGUGUAUUUUAUGUUUUGAAGUUGGUGAUCUAUGCUGGUCCUAACACAAACAGUAGGAAGGUUGCUGAGUAUGGAGGCAAUACACUGGGAUAUGGCAGCCGUAGUGUCUUAGGAACUGGUUGGCCGAAAGACUUAGUAAAGGUGGAAGGAGAUACAGUCACCUUCUCCUUUGAAAUGCGGAGUGGUCGUGAGCACAACACUCCAGACAAAGCUAUGUGGGGCUUUGCUUGCACUGUUCGAGCACAGGAGUCUUCAGAGGAUGUGUCAGGAGGCUUGCCAUUCUUAGUUGACCUGGCACUUGGCCUUUCUGUGUUAGCUUGUUCUAUGCUGCGAAUAUUAUACAAUGGACCAGAAAUUACCAAAGAUGAAGAAACUUGUCAAGAGCUCUUAAGAUCUAAACUGUUACAAAGGUGCCAGUGGCAGGUGGAAGCUAAUGGUGUAAUAUCUCCUGCCCUUACACCAAGUCCCUCUCCAUUGCCUCUCACUAUAGAAGAAGACAGAGAAUUUACAUAUCCUUCUGAUGUUCUAGUGCCUCCCGUUGGACACUAUUUUGAUCUGCCUAGGAUUAGACUGCCUCCAGGAAUCAUGAUAAAACUCAGGGAAAUUUCUGGACGUGCUCGGCCUCAAUUUAGACCUAGUAUAAAGGAGGUGAUUCAGCCAGAAGUCAUGGAGGAGAUGGUAGUUUCAUGUGUGAUCAAACAUUUGAAUUUGGUUGAUGCGCUCCAGUCCCUGAUAAAUUUCCAGUAUCAGGAAGAACAUGCUGAAGAAUAUGAUUUACUUUGUAAAAUUAUGGGAGAGACCUUUAAGAAGCUGAAUGCCAUGGAGAGACAAUUGCAGAGUGUGGCCGAGCUGGAGCAGAAGUGGCAGAAUGAGGUAGAUGAUGCGACACAUGGGAAGCUGGAGAACAACAUCCCAUUCUUCUACGAUUACCACUUCAAUGAGAGCAAGAUGAAAGAACUAGAGCUUCUGUGCUCAAUGAAAGAGGUUUCUUUCGAUGGAAGUGAUCUUGAGAACGUGGUCCUGGCAUUAAGGGAGAAGUUUUUUCAAGAGGUGAAUUCACUGAUACAGAAGACUUCUCAUCCCCUGGCAAAAACAAAAACUUUGGUUAAGAGCUUGAUGAACAGAGCAGAGCUGUUAUUACAUGUCACUAUUGCAGCACAGUCUGGUAUCACAAGAAGUAUAUCAGGUACCCCUGCAGAGACUCCAGCCUGUAAAUCAGCAUCUGAAACAAAAGUGAUAUCUCACGCAGUCCGCCAGCCCGUCUUCCUUCGCAGUAUGUCAGCACCAUCUGACUUAGAAAUGAUUGGUAAUGAAGAUAUCGAGUUUGCUAGAUCAAGUCAAAGGCGCCGCCACGUUACCAGCCACAGAAGCAGCUCUUUCACUCUUCUCCAGUCCCUGACCAUUGAGGACAGCAGAGAUAAACCCACCUACAGUGUCUUACUGGGACAGCUGUUUGCUUUCAUUGGAACAAAUCCUGACCAAGCAGUGUCCAGCAGCAGUUUUCUGCUAGCUGCUCAGACAAGGUGGCGACGUGGGAAUACAAGGAAGCAAGCCCUAGUGCAUAUGAGAGAGUUGUUGACGGCAGCUGUUCGGGUUGGUGGUGUGACGCAUCUUGUAGGCCCAGUGACCAUGGUACUUCAGGGAGGACCAAGAAUUGAAGAGCUCACAUGUGGCGGGAUGGUGGAACAAGUCCAGGAAGCUUUUGGAGAGACUAUGACGUCUGUGGUCUCGCUGUGUGCUCGCUACCCCAUUGCUUGUGCAAAUAGCAUUGGCCUCUUGUGCACUAUACCUUACACAAGGAGUGAAGAGAAGUGUUUGGUACGUAGUGGCCUGGUGCAACUUAUGGACCGACUUUGCAGUUUAAGCAGCCAGACAGAAUCUAGUUCGAAUGAAAAACAGACUAAGAAACAGAAGGUGGCCACCAUGGCUUGGGCUGCCUUCCAGGUGCUAGCCAAUCGCUGUGUUGAAUGGGAGAAAGAAGAAGGUGGUUCUACAGAAGCUGUUCACUCUGGUCUGGCUCGUCAGGUCUCCAGCCUUCUUACUAACCACCUUGCUCGGGCUACAGAGUGUUGUGGUAAUCAAGCUGCAGGAAAUGAUGCACUUCAAGAUGUUCUCAGUCUUCUUAAUGACCUAUCAAGGAGUCACAUAGGUAAAGCAAUCCUGAGCCAGCCAGCCUGUGUGUCCAAGCUUCUGUCACUUCUCUUGGAUCAGCGUCCUUCUCCAAAGUUGGUCCUUAUAAUCCUCCAGCUGUGUCGUGCUGCUCUGCCUCUCAUGAGUGUUGAGGACUGUGGAAAUGUGGAAUUGCCUCCCUGGAGUUACUCUGUACCCUCUCUGAACAGUGAACAGGAUGAUCCCAGUGACCCAGCUUCCAAGAUUGCCUCUCUGCUGUUGGCAAAGCUGGCGGAUUAUGUAGUACCAGGAUGCCAGACAGUUCUUUCUCCAACUGCCUCUGAGCCGGAUACGACUUUGGCAAAAGCCAGCCCUAAAAAUUCCAUAAAAGGUGAUAAAGAUCCUGGAGAAGAAAGUGAGGCAGUGGAUGGUAAACUUUCUAUUUUUAUUCAUAAACGGGAAGACCAGUCAUCCCAUGAAGUCCUUCAGCCAUUAUUAAGCAGCUCAGAAGGUCGUCCAUUCCGACUAGGAACUGGAGCCAAUAUGGAGAAAGUGGUGAAAAUGGAUCGAGACAUGACAAAAAGUGGCUGCUGUGAAGUUAUUACAGAAGAAGCUGCUGCAGCUCUUCGAAAGGCAACUAAGUGGGCACAGUCUGGUCUGAUAGUUAGUGUUGGGCCACCCAUAGAAACUGUCAAUCCAGAAACUACCAGUGGGUUGUCCACUGGGGACAAAAAGAAGACAGCACAGACUUCUAUUUGCAGGGAGAGGAAUUCUGAGCUUGCCAGGACGGAUCCUGUGAGGCCGUUCAUUAGUGGCCAUGUUGCAAACAGCAUGGCAGCAGAGGUGAUUGCUUUGCUACAUAGCUUGUUGAUGGCACCAGAAUCAAAUGCAGCUCAGAUAUGGACCACAACUGCUGAAAAAGUUCUGUCUCGGGCUCUGAUGUACAUUCCCCAACUUGGGAAAUAUGCAGAGAGUAUUUUGGAGAACGGGAGUAGCAGUGGAAGGAAACUUGCUAAACUUCAAAGAAUUGCUCGACAGGCUGUAGCUGCCCUUUGUGCUCUGGGUGGCUUUAAGGAGACCAUUAAAAUAGGUUCUGAAGUUCAGGUUUUAGGUAAAGGAAUAGCAGGAAGCAUUGGAGUUGUGGCAUCUAUUAAUGAACAAGAAGGUAUAGCAACGGUCAAAUUUCCACCUACAAGUAUAGACAGUAGAAAGACCUCACAAGCAUCAGACACAUUAACUAUUCCAUUAUCUAGGCUCUGUGUUCCAAGAUCUGAGGCAUUGCCUCUUCAUAAACUGUCCAUUACUGAGAAGGUAGUACAGGCAGUCCAGUCCAUGUUGCUUCCUCAGGAGGGAAGUCUAUCUAUUCACACCUCACUUCCUGCAACAGGAGAUGGCUCAACUCCAGUAAUGGCAGUGGUCCGGCUUCUUGCUGAAAUAAGAACCAGAGCAUGCCUGGUGAUGGCUCAGCUGUUAGAAGACAGCUCAUUCUGUGAAGAAUUCAUUCAACAGUGUCCAGCUGCUGUAGAAGUUCUUAAUUUAGUAGCGCAGGAGUGCAGCCCUGGGGAGAGGCUCCUUGUUGUAGAAAUGCAGUGUGAAAGAUUACGAAUGUUGUAUCGUGACUGUGCUCGGCCUCCCCCUCCUCCACUGCAAGCAGACAGAAGACAGCCCAAAGAAAUCACUUGGAGCCCAUCAAGAGUGUUUCCCCCUGUGCGAGCGUGCAUGUUUUCAUCGCAUCUCACAGCUGUGACCUUUCUGGCUGAUCCUAGUGCAGGUGGGGGACUUCCUCGGGGCACAUUUAUCUAUGCCACUUCACCAGUUCCAGUACAGGCACCAUCAUUCUACUGGGAAAUUGAAAUAGUUUCCUAUGGAGAUACAGAUGAUGACACUGGACCAAUAGUUUCAUUUGGAUUUGCUACAGAAGCUGAAAAACGGGAUGGUGCUUGGACAAACCCAGUGGGCACCUGUCUUUUUCACAAUAAUGGGCGAGCAGUGCACUACAAUGGCUCCAGCUUGCUGCAGUGGAAGAGUGUUAGACUGGAUGUGACUCUUUCUCCUGGUGAUGUAGCAGGAAUCGGAUGGGAAAGAACAGAAGGAACUCCACCCCCUCCAGGGCAGCCAGCUAAAGGCAGAGUUUAUUUUACGUAUUGUGGGCAGCGCCUUGGGCCGUAUCUGGAAGAUGUCUCUGGUGGAAUGUGGCCAGUUGUCCACAUUCAGAAAAAGAACACCAAAGUCCGUGCUAACUUUGGGUCUCGCCAGUUUGCCUACGCUGAAGGACAGGCUCACAGGAACGCUGCGGAUCUGUGCAUUGACCUUGCUGAAGAAAUAAGUGCCAACUUUGAAGCGUUGCCUUUUGCCAUGGCUUCUGAUAGUGAUAACGAUGCUGGAACCAGCAUAGCUUCUGAUCCUGGGAACCAUGGACCUCCUUGUAGAAUUGCUGCUGUUGCUACAGCUCAACAACAAUAUGACAGUGACACAUCUUGCCACUAUAAAAUGGAACUAAGCUACGAGAACUUUAUCACAUCGGGCCCCGAUCCUCAUCCACCUCCUAUUGCAGAUGAUGAAAGUGAUGAUGACGAUGAUGACGAUAUUCCCCGGGAGGAUCACUAUGCCCUGUUGGUUAAAGCCUGGGAAACUAAAGUUUUCCCUACAAUUAGAAGAAGAUUCCGUAAUGAGGCUGAGAGGAAGUCUGGGUUGGAUCAGAUUAAAGGAGCUUUACAGUUAGGAAUGGUUGAUAUAGCACGACAAACUGUCGAAUUUCUCUAUGAGGAAAAUGGUGGCAUCCCAAGAGACCUCUACCUUCCUACCAUCGAGGAUAUCAAAGAUGAAGCAAACAAAUUUACAAUUGAUAAAGUACGAAAAGGUCUCACAGUGGUGACUCGCUCUCCUGACAGUAACAACGUUACCAGCAGUGCUGUGGGAACAGCUUUACCCAAGUUUGCUAUUCGUGGGAUGCUGAAGACAUUUGGUCUUCAUGGUGUUGUUCUGGAUGUUGAUUCAGUAAAUGAAUUGGUACAAGUAGAGACAUAUCUCAGGAGUGAAGGAGUUCUGGUAAGAUACUGGUAUCCUAUUGACAUGUUAGAAAGACCACCUGCUGGCUAUAGGAGGACUGCAACAAAUGGCUUGGUUACCCUGGAUAAUACCAACAUCCAAAUCCACAGAGAGCUUUUGCGAAGCGAAGCUGCUCUGGCCAAGCUCUACUGCCGCAUGGCUCUCCUCAAUAUUUUUGCCCCCAAAUCUCCACAUAUGUUUACUCGCCUGUUUCAUAUCCCUGCUAUCCGUGAUAUCACUCUGGAGCACCUGCAGUUGCUAUCCAACCAACUCCUUGCACCACCUCUUCCUGAUGGAACAAUCAGUUCAAGUUCUAUUCUUUUGGCCCAAUCCCUGCAACACUGCAUCCAUUCCCAGAACUGUGCUGCCACAGACCUCUUCUACCAGGGCAAUUCACAAGCCAUCAGAGAGUGGCUUACUGUUGCCAUUACUCGAACACUGCAUCAAGGAGAGGAAAGUCUGUUGGACCUCACUAAACAGAUCUGCUCCUUUUUGCAGACGGCACCUGAACAGUUUCCUGCUGUUGAAGAAUUCCCUAUUUCAGAAUCCAAAGUCAAUAUGGAUGUUAAUUUUCCUGGGGCUGCAUUUGUAAUUGUGUCCUGUAAGGAAAGUCAGUCUGGAUUCCGCAAAGAUUCAUCCCUGUAUAAAGCUCCUUGGGCUCGAGUGCUUGUCUACGGGCUUGGGCAUAAAGUUAAAAGGAAUGGUCAGUUAAACCUAAUUGAAGCAGUGUGUUAUCCUCGAGAUGCCUCUCCAACCAACACAGGCCUAACUCCUCCUCCGACAACCAAUCAGUACCCUUCAGUCAUCACCCCUACGGACAAGGUCCACAUCAAACUAG